AAUGUAGUGGUUCUUUUGCUUUGGAGAUCAGAAAUUUGGUCGGCCAUAUUGCAGGAAAAACAUGUUUCGAAAUCAGUACGAUAAUGAAGUCACGGUGUGGAGCCCUCAGGGGCGAAUCCAUCAGAUUGAGUAUGCCAUGGAGGCAGUGAAGCAAGGAUCAGCAACAGUUGGACUCAAAUCAAAGACGCAUGCUGUAUUAGUAGCCCUUAAAAGAGCUCCAUCAGAGCUUAGUUCAUAUCAAAAGAAGAUCAUUCCCAUUGAUGACCAUGUAGGCAUAACCAUAGCAGGUCUAACAGCUGAUGCUAGAGUCAUCAGUCGCUUUAUGCGCACAGAAUGCCUUAACAAUAGAUAUGCAUUUGACACACCUUUGCCCAUAUCUCGGUUAGUAGGAAUGAUUGGAAGCAAAUCUCAAAUUCCAACUCAGCGAUAUGGUAGACGGCCAUUUGGUGUUGGACUGCUUGUGGCAGGAUAUGAUGAUAUGGGUCCCCAUAUAUACCAGACCUGUCCAUCUGCCAACUAUUUUGAUUGCAAGUCUAUGGCCAUUGGAGCAAGGAGCCAGUCUGCUAGAACUUACCUUGAAAAACAUUUGGACAGCUUUCUAGACUGCAAUAUGGAGGACUUGGUAAAGCAUGGGCUCAGGGCUCUCAGAGAUACACUUCCUAAUGAAGUUGAAUUAACCACAAAGAAUUGCUCUGUUGCAAUUGUUGGGAAAGAUAUGCCAUUUACAAUUUAUGAUGAUAAUGAUGUUGGAAAAUAUUUAUCAAUGAUUGAGGGUGAAGAAAGAUCUCCUGGGGCAGGUGCAGAGGACCAGAAGCCAGAAGGUGAAAAAGAUGACUCGGUCCCUGAUCCACAGGCAGGAGGUCCUGCAGUAGAUGAACCAAUGGACCAUGAUUAGUUUUGUAUGAUAGAAGUUGUGUAAAGGAAAAUAAAAGACUUGCAGUAUGACAUUAGUUGUCAUAUGAACUUGGUUUAGUCUCAUGCCAGUAGUUGACACUACUGUAUUUACCCAGUGCAGCAGAAAAAUUCUUUAUACUCAGUUGGAGAACAUGGAUUACUGCCUUUUUGGCUAUGGAAAGAAACUUUGUGCAUGUGAAAAAUGUGCAAAAAUGUAUUAUUUUUGAUAACCAAAAUAAAUCACAGUGAACUGUUUUACACCAAAAAUGAAUAAACGUUAGAGAAAAUGUGUAUAAACAUGAUUUCAAUUUAAAACGAUAAGAACAUUUAUGAGAGUUAAGGAUAUUUAAAUAACAUGAAUUUUAUCCAGAAGUUAUCUACAAACAUUAAGAUAAUAAUACUGUACAUGUACAGUACAUGUACCUGUACUUGUGCACAUUGUAAUUUCUGCCAUGUUUUCUAAUAUGUGAAUGCUAAUAAACCUAAGUUUUAAAAUUGA